GUAUCUGAGUUUUACUAUCCACCCAUAUCCUUCACUAAGUCACUGUCUUAAAACCAUACACUAGUAAUAUCUCACAGUUUAUUAUUAUGAGUAAAAGCACAUUUUAACCUGAAAGUCUUAGAAACAGUAGCACCUACCACAGACCAUUUGUUCAUGCAAAGACUUUAAGAUUCUUUGGAGAGAAGACUGGUCGAGUACUCUGAGCAGAGGGUGGCCAUGCGUGUGGAAGACUCAACAUCUGCUCUCUGUAGGAUGUAGUACUGUACACGGCUAGUCCACCUUCCCCGGUAUUUACCCCAAGGAGUAAAUAAGAGUAAAUUCAGGCGUGCAUCCCUGGAGCACUUCUGCAUUACAAUAUGGCAUCAGGCAACAGUAUCUCCCCUCCCUUCCAUGGGAAAAGUCACAUAUUCUUCUACAAGGAAGAGAGGACCCAGUGACUAAGGCUUCCUAUCUUGCACAAAGGGUUGAAGUAAGAACUGUUCAUCUAAUGCCUCCAAAGAUGAAGAAUAACGUUUGAAGUGAUGACUGAUUCACUCGAUGGACUUUGAUGACACGUGGCACCCUGCCACUCACCCUUCUGGGGCUGUCCUUCCUGUCCUCACAGCUUUAUCAGAAGCCUUGCCUCAGAGUCCAAAGCUUUCUGGCCUUGAUCUGCUGCUGGCUUUCAAUGUUGGUAUUGAAGUGCAAGGCCGAUUAAUGCAUUUCUCCAAGGAAGCCAAAGACAUACCGAAGAGAUUCCAUCCUCCUUCAGUGGUAGGAAUUUUGGGUAGUGCUGCUGCUGCAUCCAAGUUUUUAGGACUUAGCUUGACAAAAUGCCAAGAGGCCCUGGCCAUUGCUGUUUCUUAUGCCGGGGCACCCAUGGCAAAUGCGGCCACUGAGACCAAGCCCCUUCAUAUUGGCAACGCUGCCAAGCACGGGAUAGAAGCUGCUUUUCUGGCAAUGCUGGGUCUCCAAGGAAACAAGCAGAGUUUGGACUUAGAGGCAGGAUUUGGGGCCUUCUACGCCAAUUAUUCCCCAAAAGUCCUUCCAAACCUAGAUUCCUACACUUGGCUGCUGGACCAGCAGGAUGUGGCAGUCAAGAGUUUUCCCGCACAUCUGUCUACCCACUGGGUGGCAGAUGCAGCCGCAUCUGUGAGAAAGCACCUCGUAACAGAGACAGCCCUGUUCCCCACUGAGCACAUCCAGAGGGUUGUGCUCAGGAUUCCACAUGUCCAGUAUGUAAAUAGACCUUUCCCAGACUCGGAGCACGAAGCCCGUCAUUCCUUUCAGUAUGUGGCCUGUGCCAUGCUGCUGGAUGGUGACAUCACAGUCUCAUCAUUCCAAAAACACCAGAUUAACAGGCCACAGGUGAAAGAACUUCUCAGUAAGGUAGAGCUGGAGCACCCUCCAGACAACCUGCCAAGCUUCAACACAUUGUACUGUGAAAUAAGUGUCACCCUCAAGGAUGGAGCUACCUUCACCCAUCGCUCGGAUACUUUCUAUGGUCACUGGAGGAAACCACUGAGCCAGAAGGACCUAGAGGCAAAGUUCAGAGCCAAUGCCUCCAGGACACUGUCCUAUGACACAGUGGAAAGUCUUAUAAAGAUAGUAGAAAAACUGGAAGACCUAGAAGACUGUUCUAUGUUAACCACACUUCUCAAAGGAUCCUCUCCACCAGAGGCAGCUUCAAAAUUAUCCAGCAUGUAAUAAUUCCAUCACACAAUCUCUCCUGGGGUUUACCAAUCUAAAUGACUUUGCUUUUGGGGAGAUUUUUAUGAUUUGCUGUGUAAAAUAUGGGUCUGCUGCUUGUCUGUCCAGGAAUAGAGUCCAGAAACAGAACUGUAUCUAUUUGGAAGAAGUCCUGUCCUGUGAAUUUUGCAGGACAGUUCAAAUUACCUAAAUCAAAAUAAUAAAUAUGCAAGAAACACAAAAAAUAUUUUCUAAGCAUUCAUAAGGGUAAAAUUUAAGUCACCUGCUUAUAAAAUUAAUCUUUUCAGAGGAAUUUUUUUUUUUUUUUUUUGAGACAGAGU